AUGGAGAAGCACAUCUUCUUAUUGACUCUUCUCUUUCUAAUUCAAUUUUCUACAUCACUUGCUUCCUCUAAUGAGACUGACCAACAAGCUCUAUUAGCUUUCCAAAAUCUUAUUACAAGUCCCACACAUUUUUUGGCCAACAAUUGGACCAAAAAUACUUCUUUUUGCUCUUGGUUUGGUGUCACUUGCACUCCAAAAAGGCAAAGGGUUGUGGCCUUGGCUCUUCCUAAUUUGCAACUUCAAGGCACAAUUUCGACAUCUUUGGCCAAUUUGUCCUUCCUCAGUGUUCUCAAUCUCCAGAACAACAGCUUCCACGGUGGCAUCCCUUAUGGCAUUGGCCACAUGCCUCGCUUGCGAGUCAUUGACGUUAAAAACAAUCAGCUCAACGGAAGUAUACCAACAAGUCUAUUUCAAAACCGAAGAGUUCAAGUAAUUUCAUUGGCCUUCAAUGAACUCAGUGGUGAAAUGUGGAGAGGCCCUUGGUAUGUACCCGAACUCAGAGUCUUAAAUCUCAGGAACAAUAGCCUCACGGGUAUAAUCCCUCCUUCAGUUGGAAAUGCCACAAAAAUGAUGAACUUCAGUUUAUCUGGGAAUAGAGUCAGCGGCAACAUUCCGAAGGAGGUCGGUAAUCUGAGCCAGCUUGCAUUUUUGUACUUGUUCGAUAAUCAAUUAACAGGUUCCAUUCCCGCAACACUGUUUAAUAUCUCGUCACUACUUGCCGUAUCUCUGUCACUCAAUAGCCUUUCUGGUCCUCUGUUGCUAGAUGAAGGCAAUAUUGUGUCAAAUCUGUACUUUUUAAGUAUAUAUCAAAACCAAAUUUCUGGUUGCAUUCCUUCCAACAUAUGCCAACUCACGGAGCUCCAAGUUUUGUUCUUAUCUUUCAACAACAUAACUGGAGACUUACCCAGAAAUAUUGGUUGUUUAUCCAAUCUCCAGGAGUUUUAUAUUCGUCAUAAUUUAAUAAAAGGGACUAUUCCCACUUCAUUGGGAAAUAUUUCAACUCUGCAAUAUCUUUAUUGUCAAAACAAUCGCAUAGUGGGGCAAAUUCCUCCGGAAUUAGGGAAGCUAUCAAAUUUAAGGGAAUUAAGCUUUGCCAAUAAUUCUAAUCUUAUUGGUCAAAUUCCAGAGGCUAUUUUCAACAUAUCUUCUUUGGAAGUGAUUUGUUUCAAUUUCAACAACCUCUCCGGGAGAAUUCCAACCACUACAGGUCUUCAUCUUCCGAACCUUGAAGUACUUGAGUUGGGAGUUAAUCAACUGGAAGGGGAAAUUCCAUUGUUCAUAACAAAUGCUUCCAAGCUUCAGAUACUGGCGCUAGAACUUAACUCUCUCACGGGAGCUAUUCCUACUAAUUUGGGGAAUCUUCAUGAGCUGCGAUCACUCUUACUACAUCGUAAUCAACUUACCAAUGAACCAAGAGAGCGUGAGUUGUUAUUCUCCAAUUCUUUGGCGGACUGUAGGAUGUUGGAAUAUAUAGAUGUGGGUGAAAAUCCGUUGAAUGGCGAUCUGCCCAAUUCUAUUGGGAAUCUUUCAUCUACUCUUACAUACUUGAAUAUACAAGAUGCACACAUCAACGGCCUCAUUCCCACAGGUAUAAGCAACAUGAGCAGUCUAAUGACACUAGACUUUCGAGGAAACAACUUGACAGGGAGUAUUCCUUCUGAUGUUGGUAAGCUUAAACAACUCCAAGGUCUGUUUCUAACUAACAAUAAAUUGCAUGGACAUAUUCCAGAGACGGUAUGCCAUUUAUCUAAUUUGGUUCAAUUAUUUCUGAAUGGUAAUGAGCUCUCUGGAUUAAUUCCAGAAUGCUUAGGAAAUCUUAGCAUGCUACAAAAGCUGUAUUUGGGUUCUAAUAAAUUUUCAUCAAAAUUUCCGUUGAGCCUUUGGAAGAUGAGUGGUCUUCUCUAUCUAAGUGUGUCACAAAAUUCAAUAGAGGGAGAACUUCCAUCAGAUAUUGGAGGAAUGAAAGCCAUUGUAGAACUAUAUCUUUACAGUAACCACUUUUCAGGAAUGAUACCAACCAGAUUCGGGGAACUCCAAAACCUGCAGUAUCUUGACCUAUCAAACAACUCAUUUUUUGGCCAAAUUCCAUUAUCCUUUGCCAACUUGAUAAGCUUAGAAUACUUGGAUUUGUCUUUAAAUGUAUUGUCAGAAGAAGAAGAAGAAGUAAGUCUCAUAUUUCUUUCUCUAUGUAAUCAGAAAAAUCAUAUAAAAAUGGAGAAACGAUUUGAAGGGAAAGUGGUGAUUGUUACAGCUUCUACACAAGGUAUUGGAUUUAGCAUAGCUCAGAGACUUGGAUUUGAAGGUGCUUCUGUUGUUAUCUCCUCUCGCAAACAGGAAAAUGUAGAUGAAGCAGUAAAGAAACUGAGAGAUGGAGGAAUUGAAGUGUUGGGAUUAGAAUGUCAUGUCUCAAAUGCACAACAGAGGAAGAAUUUGAUAGACAAGACCAUUCAGAAAUAUGGGAAACUAGACGUGGUUGUGUCAAAUGCCGCUGUCAAUCCUUCAGUAGAUGCAAUAUUAGAAACUAAAGCAUCAGUCAUUGACAAGCUGUGGGAUAUCAAUGUCAAGGCCGCUAUACUAUUACUACAAGAUGCAGCUCCAUACCUUAACAAGGGUUCAUCAGUUGUUCUGAUUUCCUCAAUUUCUGGUUACUCCCCACCAGCUUCAAUGGGUAUGUAUGGGGUAACAAAAACUGCACUACUCGGACUUACCAAGGCUCUUGCAGCUGAAAUGAGUCCAGAUAUUCGUGUAAACUGUGUAGCACCGGGUUUUGUACCUACACAUUUUACUGAUCUCAUCACAAGUAAUGAACAAGUGAGGAGAGAUAUUGAGGGUAAGACAUUACUCAAUAGGCUUGGAACAACACAAGAUAUGGCAGCUGCUGUUGCUUAUUUGGCUUCUGAUGAUGCUUCUUAUGUAACUGGAGAAACUCUGGUUGUUGCUGGAGGAAUGCCUUCCAGACUUUAACUUCUCUAUUGCAGUGCCUC